UCGGCCCGGCCCGGCCCCGCCGCGGGGAUGCUGUGCGCGGGCACCGCUCUGCUGGCAGCCCCCCGAUGCUUUGGCAGCCGCUGAGAGCCGCCAGGAGGGAGGAGGAGGAGGAGGAGGCGCCCGGGAUGGAGCAGCCGGCAGCGGAGCGGCGGGGCCGGGGGCCGGGCCGGGCGCACGGGAGGUAGCGCAGAGAGGAGCAGAAGUGCUGCGGAUCGGGCGGUGAUGGAGGGAACCCGGCAGAGCAGGAUCUGCCGCCCGCACAAGAUAAGUGAAUCCUCCAAGGUGUACAGGUGGGAUGACCACUCCAGCCUGGUCCUGCAGAGCCUGAACGAGCAGAGGCACCGCGGUCUGUUCUGCGACAUCGUGCUGGUGGUGGACGAGCAGAGAGUCCCGGCCCACAGGAACCUGCUGGCUGUGUGCAGCGACUACUUCAACUCCAUGUUCACCAUCGGCAUGAGGGAGGCCCACCAGAAGGAGGUGGAGCUUUUUGGAGCCUCCUACAUCGGCCUCAAGGCCGUGGUGGAUUUCCUGUAUGGCAGCGAGCUGUCUCUGGAUGGAGGGAACAUCGACUACGUGCUGGAGACAGCUCACCUGCUGCAGAUCUGGAAGGUGGUCGACUUCUGCUGCGAGUACCUGGAGAACGAGGUCAGCGAGGAGAAUUACCUGUACCUGCAGGAGCUGGCCUCCAUCUACAACCUGAAGCGCCUCGACUCCUACAUCGACUCCUUCAUCCUGCAGAACUUCGGCACGCUGUCCUUCACCCCGGACUUCCUGCAGAACAUCUCCUUGCAGAAGCUGUGCCAGUACCUGGACAGCAGCGACGUGCAGCAGGAGUGCGAGCACGACCUGCUGCAGGCUGCCCUGCAGUGGCUCACGCAGUACCCGGAGCGGGAGAACGAGGCUUACCAGGUGCUGGACAACAUCCACUUCCCCCUGAUCCCCAAGAGCGACCUGCUGCACCGAGUGAAGCCUGCCGUGUGCUCGCUGCUGCCCAAGGAAGCCAACUGCGAGGGUUUCAUCGAGGAGGCAGUGAAUUACCACAACAGUGUGACGGCCCAGCCCGUGCUGCAGACCAAGCGCACGGCGCUGCGCACCUGCGAGGAGCGCCUGCUCUUCGUGGGAGGGGAGGUGUCGGAGCGCUGCCUGGAGCUCUGUGAUGACACCUGCUUCCUGGACACCAGGAAGGGACAGUGGGUGGCAGAAACCCCUCUGCCAGCCCGGAGGAGCCACCACUGUGUCGCAGUUUUGGGAGGAUUCAUCUUCAUAGCCGGGGGCAGCUUUUCCCGGGACAAUGGAGGGGAUGCGGCGUCAAAUCUCCUAUAUAGGUAUGAUCCCCGCUGUAACCAGUGGAUAAAGGUUGCCUCCAUGAGACAGCGGCGGGUGGAUUUCUACCUGGGAGCCAUCACUGACAUGCUGGUGGCUGUUGGUGGCAGGAAUGAGAACGGGGCCCUGUCUUCAGUUGAGACCUACAGCCCUCAGAAGGACUCCUGGACCUACAUAGCAGGACUGCCCAGCACAGCCCCUGCUGCAUGCCUUGAUAAAACCCAUAAGGACUGUCCUGUCUGCUGCCCCAGGUUUACGUACGGCCACGCCGGCACGGUCUACAAGGAGUUCGUCUACAUUUCGGGGGGCCACGAUUACCAGAUCGGCCCCUACAGGAAGAACCUGCUGUGCUACGACCACCGCACCGACGUGUGGGAGGAGAAGAGGCCCAUGAUCACUGCCAGGGGCUGGCACAGCAUGUGCACCCUGCAGGACAGCAUCUACUCCAUCGGCGGCAGCGAUGAUAACAUCGAGACCAUGGCUCGCUUCGACAUCCUCAGCGUGGAGUCCUACAGCCCCCAGUGCAACCAGUGGACCAGAGUGGCGCCUCUGCUGCAAGCCAACAGCGAGUCUGGGGUGGCAGUUUGGGAAGGCAAGAUUUACAUCCUUGGGGGUUACAGCUGGGAGGAAGCUGUCUUCUCCAAAACAGUCCAGGUUUAUGAUAAGGAGAAGAAUAAGUGGUGCAAAGGAACGGACUUGCCCAAAGCCAUCGCCGGAGUGUCCGCGUGUGUGUGCGCCCUGAAGCCCAAAACAGAGGACAAAAAGAAAAAGAUGAAAACAAAAAAACAUCAAGAUCGAGGGAGAUGACCACUCCUGGAUAGCCAUCCUUGCAUGGUGGACUUGGAUUUAGACAUUUCUGUCUAACCUUUAUUCUUUUUCUUUUUAAACAGGGUGGGGAGGGCAUCUUCUGCAGCCUCGGAAAAUGCACACUUGAAUGUGGUUUUUGGAUUAAACCCAUGUUUAAGGUAAAAACAACAAAAACCAAAAACUCCCCCUCUUGCUAUACAAAGGGUGAUGUGGCCAGAGAGGUUCUGCUGCUCUCCUGAAUGUUAAGGCUUAGGCUUUUCCUUCUGUGGCUCAUGGCAUUUCCAUACAUCAUAUUAUAUCAACAUUUUCAGGAGGUUUUUAAAGACAACUUUUAUACUUUUUUAUACCACAUUUUGCUAACUCAGUCUCUCGUUUGCCAUACAUUUUGUUGUUGACUAUGGAACUGCUGCUGUGUGCUCGUGACCCCGCUGUUGGCAUCAGGAACUCCUCGUUUGAUGAUCUUUGGUCUCUGUGUGGCUUGGCCAGGACGUGGUGCAGCUGUUGGAGCAGCACUGGCAUUCCCAGCAUUGUCAGGCAGUCAGCUGGAACUGGGACCAUUGUCACAAUUCCAGCUUCCCCAGAGCCCAGCUCACAGCCAUGCUCAUAAACACACUUUAUUUCAGUGGAUUUCAAGGGCUUUGGUUUAAAGUUCAGCUGUUGAUCACUGCUGUUAUUUUUUUUUCUCAGUCCUCCUCUCCCAUCUCCCUUUCCAUGUAUUUCAGAUUUGCCUUUUCUUCCAUCUGUUGUAUGUGCAGGUGAUAUCCUGCUGCCCUCAUUCUUUUGUCAUUUUUUUCCCCCCUCAACUACUUACCUCAAUAAUUGGAAAACACUAAGAAAACAUUUUUGCACUUAAUUUCAUUUGAAAUUCUGGUAAAUCUGAGACCUACUACAAGCACGCAAGUAUUGAAAGAGGUAACAAUAAAUUUCUGGAGUGCAAGGAGGUUAUAGGUUGUUUCUUCAAUGCUAAGAAAACUAGUUGGAAUUAAUUUUCUGAAACUCUUUGAGGGUUUUUUUGGUGUUUUUUUAAUUUAAAAAAAAAAAUCCCCAAGAGUCAGUCUUUCAUUUGCAUUAAUGGAUUUAUUUUAAAGCCUUUGUAUACUGCAUGAGGUAAUGGUUAUUCCUUUUCGACCUAAAAAAUAAAUUUAAAACAAAACAAAAAAAAAACCCAAACAAAACAUUUUGGUUAUGACAAACUCAUUGACAAGUUUUUGGGGUUAUUUUUUUUAAUAUCUGAAAUCCUUGCUAUGUUGACUGACAACUACUUAACUUUUUGGGGACAUUUUCAUGUGUAAGUAUAGAACAAAAAUUUCAAAGGCUUGCUUUUCAUUCUGUUACUGGGUUGCUUGUUAAUAUAUCCCCUCUUUUAAUGUGUUUAUGUAUUACAUUAAUGUCUGGGAACAAUAAAUCCAGUUUAGAAUAUUCUAUUCAUCACA